AUGAAUAAAAAUACAAAAAAAUUAAAGCGAAUACAUUCAAGAAAUGAUGCCAAACAAUCACCAUUAAAAAGACAAUUUCGUAAUGAAAAUGAAAAACGUCGUCGUGAUCUCUUUAGUAAAUUAAUAGCAAAUUUAGAAGAUUUACUUUCUAUUAAAAAAAUUUGUUCAUCAAAUGAUCAAACUAAUAAAUUUGAUAAAGCUUCAAUUUUACGUCAAACUGUUCAAUAUUUACAAAAACAUCAUCACUAUUUAACCAAUGAUGAAAAAGUUGAAUUAUCAAAUAAAAGAUCAACAUCAUCAAAAAGAAAUAAUUUUUUAGAUUUUUCAUGGAAACCAUCAUCUGAUAUA